AUGAGCGCUGCGAGCCAGCCUUCUGCGCGCGUGUGGGCGCCCGAAGCCGGCAAGUUGGAUGCGCAACGAGACAACAAACCGGAUCCCAUGCUGUCUCUUAUUCUAAUAAUCUUUUUUGUCCAUCUGGCAAUAUACCUCGUGAACACGAUCGGCGCAGCUACGAUUGACAGUCUGUUAUGGAUCGUCUACCUCAAACUCCCAACCGCUACGUCGAGGAAUGCGAAGGAACAAGCGCGACUCAAACGUGAGGUGAUACAGUUGAAGCGAGAGAUGAACGCGACAAGCUCCCAGGAUGAGUUUGCGAAGUGGGCGAAGCUGCGGAGGAGACACGAUAAGACCAUGGAGGAGUUCGAGACAUUGAGUAUGUACACUGUCAUGUUCUUUGCAGAGAGUAUAUGGCUAAUACGGUGGACUUUUUUGCUUCCAGACAAGAUCAUCGGUGCCAACAAGAGCUCUUUCGAGUGGACCGUCAAAGUCGCACGUUGGCUUAGCACCAAUGGAUUCAAGCUGUUCCUGCAGUUUUACUAUUCAAAGACGCCUGUUUUCGAGCUUCCACCGGGGUGGUUCCCUUACUACGUGGAAUGGGUGUUGGCCUUUCCGCGGGCGCCGAUGGGCACAGUCAGCGUCCAGGUCUGGGGCAGCGCCUGUGCAGCGGCCAUCUCUCUGGCAGGCGAUAUCGUCGCAUCUGCGGUGGCUCCGUCAAAGACACGAAAGGCGCAGGCUGUCCCUGCCGGCAGUGACAAAGAAGCCGACAAGAAGACGCAGUAA